AUGAAGUUGCAGUCAGUCAUGGACGACUUCCCUGUGGACGAUGGUUGGGCGUCGGCCGAGUCGUCGUACCAGCCCGAGUGCGGCAGCAGCAGCAGCAGCCCGGGCCAGCACCAUGACGUUACAGGUGCCUCUAGUGCCGCGUCGGCGGCUGCCAAGAACGCCGCGGACAUGCCACCUGCACAUGCAACCACAACCUCCGUCAACCACCACCACACCCACCGUCACCCCAACCAUGAUAAUAACCACAACUACAACCACAACCAUAAUCAUCUGAACACGGUCAGAUCUGGUCCUCUUCUCAUCUUUCCGUCCUGGUCCAAGGCUUCGGUGGCGCCACCAGCAGCUGGAGCUGGAACUGGAACUACUCGGAGUGCGGUGCCGCCGAAUGGCGUGUCUGCUUCGUCUGCAUCUUGCACCAUGGAAUACGUAAAGGCGCCGUACCGCGUCGCGACGUCGCCGACGGCUAAGAGGACGUAUCUCGGCACCGCGCUGUUCUUGGUCACGUCGCUGGUGCUGCUGGGCGUUGCGUCGCUGGCGUACCCGGUCUUCUACUACAACUAUGUGCCGCAGAAGGUCAUUGAGCUGCCGGUGCACUUGCAGUAUGGGGAUGGCCUCAACCCCUACGGCGUGACCUCGAUCCCCUCCAACCUGAUGCUAGAGCAAGCCUACGACGUCUCGGUGACGCUCACGCUCCCGCGCUCGCCACCCAACCUCGAGCGCGGCAACUUCAUGAUCGCGCUCUUCGCCAUGCGCUCGCAGCCCGAAAACCCGGCCCUCGCCUUCCACACGGAACCACCCACGAACCCCUACGCGCACGUGACGCGCGACAACGUCGUCUUCAGCGCGCGGCGGCCGGUACUGCUCCACUACAUCGACCCUCUAGUAACAACAGCGUCGCGCCUGCUGUUCCUGGGCUGGCACGUGCUAUUCCCCGUCGCCGAGCGUACCGCGACGCUCGUCGUGCCCAUGGGCGAGCUGGUCGAGUUCGUCGACGUGCUGCCGCUGAGCCUUCUGGUGGACGUGCAGGCGGGCCAGGACCUGCAGGUCUACGGGACGUCCGUCACGCUCGUGGCGCGCCUGUCGGGCGUGCGCUGGGCUAUGUAUAACCACCGCGUCGUCUCGUUCGUCGUGUGCACGGCGGUGUUCUGGGUCUGCGAGAUGGCUUCCAUGGGGCUCGCGUGGCUGGUGCUGGGGUGGUUUUUCUCGGAUCAUCGGGCUGAGGGUUUGGUUGAGCGCGAGCAGCAGCAGCAGGAUCGGCUUCGGGCGGCUGGUAGAGCCGGGGACUUGGAUUCGGGCACGGGAUUUGUUGGGUCUGUUGCUGUGGGUGAGAAGGGAGGGAAGGGCUUUGGUGACAUCAAGCGCGAGGAUUUUGACGAUGAUGAGGAGGAGGAGGAAAUGAAGAUCAAGGAGAGCAUGACGGAGCAGGAGACGCUUGUUGAUCAGCCCCUUCGUCAUCAUGCUGGUGCUGGCGACGCGGACGAUGAGGAGGAUGGCGAGGAUGUGUGGAGGGAGUCGGGCGCGGGGAGUGGCUAUCGUGAUCGUGAUGGCAAGGGGGAUACCUCGCUCCGGAGACGGUCGUCGCGGGGUGGGAAGGCUUGA